AUGUCGUCUGCCGUAGCGGAUCCGAAUCCGUCCUCGUUCAAAAAAAUAUAUACCCACUUCAAAAGGGCCCCGGGAACACACAAACUGGGCGUACUCUAUGUCGUAGAUUCUGUAACUCGACAGUGGGUAGAAUCAGCCCGGAAAGCCGGUCAAACUGUUGGUAGCGGUGCGCCAGAUGGAACAUUUGCAGCUGGUGUUAACAGAGUGACUGAAUUGCUUCCCGUCUUGAUGACUGAUAUCAUAAACAAUGCUCCUGAAUAUCAAAAGGACAAAAUCAAAAAGCUGGUAGACAUCUGGGAGCGUGGAUACACCUUCCCGGCAGCUCUUCUCGCUUCCUUGAAGGAACAGCUAAACGCGCCAGUAUCUCAAAUCGACAACGAACGAGAAGGGGCAUAG